CUUUCUUUCUCUCUGCAAUCUUCCAUUGUACUCAUUCUAUCUUGACUUUCUUUUUCUUUUCCUUUUUUUUUUAUUCUUCUUCAAUCGCAUCGAAUCCAUAUUUUCCAUUGUUUCCAAUCGUUGAUUUUUUUCAAUCCGACUGUUCCUAAAAUUUGUUCUUCUACAAUUCUGCGUAUGGGGAUUGUAGACCAACCUGAGCUGAUCCUUUCAACAACUACAGCAGCCACAGCAGCUACAGCAACUACAGCAACAAUAGCAAUAAUAGCAACAGCAACAGCAACAACAACAACGACAAUCAUCUGUAUCCAUUCUGCUAUUUCUACAACCUCCAAACCUCAUUGCAGGACUAGGACUAUGCGUACCGCUACGCCGGGAUUCGAGUCUGCACUUCACACCCACCACACACACCAUCACCAUUCCCACCUAUCACACCUUUCACACCUUUCACACCAACCUGUGCUCAUUACCACAACGACGGGAUCUGCUCUUGACACAUCGGUUCCUGAGCAAAGGCUCAAACACCGGUUGCACAAGAUCAUUAGGAUCCCAUCGAAUGUGGCCCAAACACAUUCUCGCAUGACUCCCAUCAAACUCAGCAUUAGUCGUCUUGACCGACGGAAACCACUCACCGGCCUGAAACUCAAUCCUUCUCUUUCAAGCACGCCCGAUGCUCUAGUCCCUAUUAUGAAGUCUAAUAGUUCGAGCGUGUUUGUAGCAGAGUCGGUCGCGCAACCGACCAGCACAGCCACCGUUCCUAUUAUGACUGCAACUACAGCAAUAGGAAUUAUUGAUCGAGGCGAAGUAGACGAAGGAAUCGGAGGUACAAUGGCGGAGAUAAAAGAGGAAAACUCAAUGUUGUCACUGAACCUUGGAAGCACCUUGGCAACACUCGCUACUACUUCGAUUGUAGCAGCUGAUGAUCCAACUUUCUUGAGAGGAAAAAAUGAGACACAACAUCAUCACCAUGGAUCUAGAAAUAGCAGCAGCAGUAGUGGUACAAAACAUGACAUCGAUGUUGAGGACAGCAGUGACGACAAGAAAAACAAGGGAUAUGACACUCAAAUGGCUCCUCCUCGCGAAGGCUUUACUGUCUCGACCUCGCUUUUUGCUAGAGUCAAGGCUAGAGUUCUUCAGCAGAGUAGUCCAAAGCAAUCUCGAAAUCAGCGUUCUACUACCCAAAAACAAUCGUCGCCAGAAGAGAGUCGUGGUAGUAACCAGGAGGAGAAUUUGACCACGGUCUCUGUAAAGGGGUCCAAAAUUGACUCUGCAGAGGUGGAGAGCAAUGCGAGCCAUAGUAACCCCAAUACACUUUCUUCGGGGACCAACCAUUUCAAUGACUGUGUGCAACAUGAUCAAGAUCGGGAUAGUGACAGCACAGCAACGGAUUUAGAAGACAUUACAGCGAUGGCGAUAGCAGCAGCAUCAUCAGCCCGCUUCCGUCAGCGUAAAUAUUCCUUUGGACCUCAUUAUAAUGCUGUUGUGAUGAACCCAAAUAAUAAUAGUCAUGGUGAUGAUGAUUACAACAGCGGGUUAGACCAUCAGAUGAACAAAAGCAGUAUCAUCGAUGAGUGGGAUACAAGCGCACUGACAAAAGCAGAGCAUGCGAUGGCAGAGUUGAUAAUUACUGAAGAAAUUAUGGAGGAGCGGGAGGAGGAUGAGGUCAUCCUAAUCAACGAUCUGGCUGACAAGGAACAAGAUCCUGUUCAGCUCUUUGAACAGGUUUUGACCCGACACCAUCUGACUGAAGAGGCGAUAACAGCGUCAUUACAGGAAUUGAGACAGUUGAUCCUCGCAUUCGGUAUUCCUGAUCAGCCAAAAGACCAGUCCAAGUCAUCAUUGAUCCGCGGCAAGUGCUGGAAAUUGCUUUUGGAGGUGCAUCAUGUCUCUGCACAAGAAUACGUCUCAUUAGUGAAGCAAGGCAAACCCGAGGAAUACGACAAAAUCCGAAAUGAUACCUUUCGCACCUUAGCCACGGACCGUAAGUUUACGGAUGUGGUUGAGGAAGAUAGCUUGAUUCGCGUCCUUUGUGCCUUUGCUUGGAGCACACAAGCUACGACAGCCCUUGAAUCGGACGUAUCGUUUACUUAUGUACAGGGAAUGAAUGUGCUGGCCGCUCCAUUCCUGUACACGAUGUCUGAGAUGGAGGCAUUCUACUCGUACUCCAACUUGAUCAGAUAUUGUUGUCCACUCUAUGUCCAGCCUGCACUCCAGGGCGUUCAUUGCGGUACUAAGUUGCUCGAAGAGUGCUUACGUAAGAUCGAUAAUGAACUCUACGAAUAUCUAAAGUCAAAGAACUUGUCUGCUGAAGUGUAUGCAUUUCCAUCUGUGUUGACUCUUUGUGCAUGCACACCUCCAUUGGAACAGGCACUACAGCUGUGGGAUUUUUUGCUGGCCUGGGGCAUCCACCUCAACAUCAUUUGCAUCAUUGCGCAGCUGUAUUUGAUCCGUGAUGAGCUUUUAAGCCACGCCAGUCCGAUGAAGCUUUUACGUAUUUUUCCAGACCUGGAUGCGGACAAGAUUAUUCGGGAGACGAUCAGGAUGAUCAAACUCUUGCCGGACGAGCUGUACGAUCUCCUGGUGCGUCACCCCUAUGAUCCAACGGUUGCGGAGCAAAUUAACUGGUGAAAAACCGUCUUAUUUGCUUUGUUGUUUCUUUGUUUGUUGUUGUACUUGUUUACCAUAAUCUCUCUCUCUCUUUUUAUAUAUAUAUAUAUCAUAUUUGAUCAUUUUGCGCAUCUAUCCAUUUCCUUUUAGUUGUAGUCCUGUUUUGUUUCUUGUAUUAUCAUAUAGAUCCAUAUUCCAUGCAUUUUCGUUAGUUAUAUAUAUAUAUAUAUAUAUUAUUUUUAAGGCGCUG